UUGAACUCUAUGGAAAUGGUGCUGAUAGAUGAGAAGGGAGGUAAGAUUCAUGCCUUGAUAAGGAAAGAAUUGGUUUACCUAUUCCAGAAUAAAUUAAAGGAAGGGGAAGUUUAUAAGCUAUCAAACUUUGAUGUUGUUCCAGUCGUUGGAUUUUAUCGUACAACUCUGCAUCCUUACAAAUUGAUUUUUCGAUCGAAUACCAAAGUUCAGAAUUUUGCGAGUUCUGAUAUUCCUAUUUUGGGAUUUUCUUUCACCGAUCUUGCUGAAGUGGCUAGCUACUCUGUUAACUAUGAUUACCUAAUAGGUAAUUUUGAUUUGAAGAACCUUACAAAUUUUGUAAUUUUCAUCGAUUAAUGGUCAUUGUGUAUCAAGUUAUUUGUUUCUUA